UCUCGAAUAGUUGGCAAUCGAUAAUGAAAUUUGUUGCAUAAGUUUAAUACUUUUCGUGUCACACCUUUUCUUUUUGCAUUAAAUUUGAAAAAAAAUCAAAUUUUCUUAAUUAAAAUGAACAAAUCCGUGAUGAUGCUUCAUUUGGCCAGGGCUUGCCAAAGACAGUUCGCAAGACCAGCCUCUACUGAUGUAAUCAUUGGUAAAUCAAACCAAAUCCAAUCUAUGCAAAAGCAUUUUCAGAUGGACAACGGAGAGCCUGUUUUCCUUAAAAAAGGUUUUGGUGACAAGGCACUUUACCAAGUAACGAUAGCUUUGACAAUAAUUGGUCUCGGUAUGUCUGGUCAUACACUCUAUCAGCUGACAUUCAAGGAUUGAAUAUACAUCUGUCUAGUAUUUUAAGUAGAAAUAAUUUCAUGUUUCCAUAGGAACUGAUCAGUUAUUUACAAUAACAACUCUGUUAAAAAUAAA